ACGAGUUACUCUCCUCUGCAAAAGGUGACAUGGAAAAUAGAGGAGGUACAGUCUGAGGAGCUGGUGCCACAAUGAUCCUGGCAGGAGUGAAAGGAAUGACUUCAAUAUGAAUCCGUUGCCUCAGUGUGAGCGUGUUGAAGCCAUCUCUGGGUCUGCACCGCUUAGGGGACAUGAUGGGAGCCUCAAUAAAGGUCCAAAACAAGACUCAGAACAUUUACACCAUGAAGAACUCAGCACAGCCUCUCCAGCUCCACGGAGGCCUGUAUCUCCAUGCCCCAGUCUCCAGUCUGACAAGUCCAUGGAGCAUCCUCCCAUCUUCAGCGGCCAAGCACCACAUCCUGGGCAUGAUGAGAGCCUUAGUCCUCCUGGUCCAACACAGAGAGCCGUGUCUCCAUCCCCCAGCCUCCGGUCUGACAAGUCCAUGGAACAUCCUCCCAUCUUCAGCGACCCAGCACCACAGACACACGUUGGGGCCGCGUAUGCCACUGCCUUUGGGGAAAAAGCUGUCAGCCUUGAUCAAAGGUCUAACCUGAACCAAGAACACUUCCACAGCACAGCCUCUCCACAACCACAACGGCCUGUAUCUCCAUCCCCCAGCCUACAGUCUGACAAGUCCAUGGAGAAUCCUCCCAUCUUCAGUGGCCAAACACCACAUCCUGGGCAUGACGAGAGCCUUAGUCCUCCAGGUCCAACACAGAGAGCCGUGUCUCCAUCUGCCAGUCUCCAGUCUGACAAGUCCAUGGAGAAUCCUCCCAUCUUCAGUGGCCAAGCACCACAUCAACAUGUUGGGGCCUCCUCUCCACAACAUCCACAUGUUGGGACCUCCUCUCCACAACAUCCACAUGUUGGGACCUCCUCUCCACAACAUCCACAUGUUGGGGCCUCCUCUCCACAACAUCCACAUGUUGGGGCCUCCUCUCCACAACAUCCACAUGUUGGGGCCUCCUCUGCUGCAGCUGAGAGAGGGAAUGAGGAGACCUUUAGUCCUGGACCAAUACAGAGAACCGUAUCUCCAUCACCCAGCUGUAGAUCUGAAAAGUCCAUAGAGCAUCCUCCCAAUAUUGGGGAGAGCCAAGUGAACCGUGGCCAAAGGUCUAACACAAACCAAGAACACAGCACACCCUCUCGACAGCCACGAAGGCCUGAGUCUCCAUCCCUGAGCUGUCGAUCUGAAAAGUCAAUAGAGAAUCCUCCCAUCUUUAGUGACCAAGCACAACAUCCACAUGUUGGGGCCUCCUCUCCACAACAUCCACAUGUUGGGGCCUCCUCUGCUGCAGCUGGGAGAGGGCAUGAGGAGACCUUUAGUCCUGGUCCAACACAGAGAGCCGUGUCUCCUGUACCCAGCUGUCAAUCUGAAAAGUCCAUAGAGCAUCCUCCCAAUAUUGGUGACAGCCAUGUGAACCGUGACCAAAGGUAA